AGAGAGAGAGAGGAAGCUGUCGCAACGACAAACUUUCGCGCCCGUUUAUACCUAAGUUAAAAUUCUCCUCCAACCCUCCCGAUAUCCUUCUACCUAUUGCAUAAAUAUAAUGCGUUCCUCGGGCGGCGAUCUCGUGAAAAGUUUCGCGGCGUGCCGUCUCUUAGCAACAUCUCCUCGCCUUUCCUCGUCUUUUCGUUUUACCAUCUCGCGUGUAAUUUACAAUACAUAGAAAAGUGUGCCCCGUGUCGCGACACAUCGCUGGAAAAGCAUUCCUGGGGGUGGUCUCUUUCUCUCUCAGCUGCGCGGGCCUUUGUCAGUGUUGUUUCGCGCGAGCGUCAACCACCCUCUGCCACCCUCUCUAUUCCAUUUGCGACUCUCUCUCGCUCUCUUUCGUUUUCUCGGCCGGAAUUAACAUCUUUCAUAAUUAUUGUCCGCGAAACUGUCGCCGCGCUUGCUAUUUACCGAGAGCAUUGUUUGACGAAAGUUACUCCACUCGGCGUGAGCCCUCUUUUCCCUUCUUGACUACCUGGCUGCCUCGUCUCGAGGUUUCUGAAAGUAUUUUCUUGUUUUGCCGCGACGAGAGCGGAAAAGGGAUCCAAAUAAGACGUGCUCGUGCACUCGGAGACCUUCGCGCUGUUCUUUUUCGCGCCGCGUCAAACAUUCUAAAGAAUCAAGGAGCGAUAGACAGACACCUGCGAGAAUGCAAAAAGGCGGCAACUUGUUAAAUAUCGUAAAAGACGUACAAUUAAUUUUUCCUUUAUGUUAAAUGAGUACUCGAAGUAGUACAAGUAUUCGAGGAGUUAAACUUAUUCGCAAGACUUUGUAGGAGAUAUUCGUUAACUCGGGUAUCGAGAGCAGACGGUCAGAGAUCCAAGAUAUCACGAUGUAAGAGGAAAACUAAGAAAGAAAAAUGGAAAGAAAAAUAAGAGCUCUAUAAAUUCAAGUAUCUGGGAACGCUCUGUGAAACGGAGAAUCUAUAAAUUCAUGUUUUUUGGAAUAAUGGAUCAGCGCAACCAAUGGAUUGGAAGAUCGCUACACACGAUACCAAAACUAACAAGAUUCCGAUAGCUUCAAUAGCGAUCUUAAUCAUGAAAUGUACGUUAUGUUGUCUUGCUUGUACAAACCUGUAAAGAAAAAUGUACACAUAUUUCUAUCGUUCAUAUAUUAUAACAUGGUAUAAAACAUCUAAAACAUGAAAUCAGAAGAUGCGUACGAUGUGAAUUGCACUAUUGUCGUGUAGUAGUUCAAAUUCCGUUCGAUGUGAUAUCGAUAUAAACGGUACUCUAGUCGCAUUCAGAAUCCUGUACAAAUCCAGAUAAAUAUUUCACAAAGAACAGACUGUUUAGAUAUCUCGAUCGUUUGAGAUUCGCAUGUUUCAUACCAUAAUUCUCAUAAAUAUUUCUCACGAGAUUAAGAUAAUCGAAGCGGAACUGUUGAAUACAGCAUCACCAGAAUCACCGAUCAAUUGUGUCUAUCUCGGUUUCCCGUGGCGAAUGCACACCGAUAUAUCCUCUGCGACGCGACGCCACAGAGCUCGCGCGAAAGUGCAAAGCGUUAGCCGGCACAGUUUUCACCACAGCUUGCUGUCGGAUCCUUUAAACCAAGAGAAUAGUUAUUUCCUUUACUGCCUGGUAUUACCGUUAUCCUGGCGGCAGGUCGCAGUUAUCCUUCCGCUUCCUCGACCUAGACUUGGCGAGUUUUUUCUCGUCUAUGGAUGUAGGCGCUUAAGCCCCAUGGGAUGGACCACUACCGCAUCACGGUGGCAAUGCUGAAGAUAAAGGAUCGCGAGCGGUUACACUUCAGAAGAGGAAGAAAAUAGACUAUCGCGAAAAAGCUGACGCAAUUUUCACAUCGCGAGCGAGCGCGUUCCUCCGUGGACAAUGCAAUUGAAUUGGUUAUCGCAGGCGAGACUUGGCGCCAAGCUUUUUUGCAAACAAAUCGGAAAAUUAGCUUCUUUCUUCUGCCAUGGUAGUAACGUGCCAACUUUGAAAUAACAGGCUGCUUAAAUAUACAGAUUAUUUAAACUUAAAUGGGCUGCCGUAAUAUUUUCCUUACAACAGUUUUUUGUAAAAAAUAUCUAGUAAUAAAGAAAUAUCGAAUAUACGACCGAUUGUGCCGGAAAGCUAUUGGUUCUAGGACCACGUUUUUCAAUGCGCGGUCUCUCGUGCACAACAGCGCGAGAUUUUUCCAUUUCAUUGCGCGCGAUCUAUCUAUUAUCAUACGAAUAUUAUCCUCUCGUUUCCCGGCACCGGCUGAAACCUUUUCCUUGUAAGCGCAGGCGGUUAGAUCCCAUGGGGCAGCCGCCGAUGCACCAUGGCGACCGUUAUGGGGUUGCAGGACCACUGUCCGAGCACGAAGCCGUUCCUCGGUGGAUGGAGGAACACCGUUACCGGCCUAAUCUAUCACAAUGCCUGCACGCAGACAUAUGGAGGCGGCAGGACGACAAGAAGUAGGAUCACGCAAACUGUUACGGUCGUGGACGCGGUCACCAAUGUCGUUCACGACCAGGCGGUGCAAGUGCAAUUUUUGCCCGAUGCUCGCGACAGAAUUAUCGCACCGGCAGUUUCUUCCUUCGUGGUGCCGGCCAAAGAAGUCGAGCCGUUAUGUCGUCAAGAUAAUAGCAGGAUUCUCGACAGCAUUAUUAAAAUACAGAGGUGUUACAGAGCACAUCGAGCCAGAGCGGCGGCCAGGGCAAAAGCUCUCCAAGUGGUCAGCGUCUCCCGACGUGACGAGACGAACGUGAUCGAGCAGGCGGGAUAUUCCCAGGCAUUCUCCACUGGCACGGAUUUCGUGAUACUGAACCGCUGUCCGCCGCGUACGAGUUCGGACUUCGAGUCACUGUACAAUCUCCUCGACCGAUGGCGAAUCCUCGAGACCGAACGAGCGGGUCGCACGCUCCUCAGAUCGUCGAAGGUUGCCGCCUGCGGACUGAUCCUGUCGAAGGAGGUUGAAUUGCUACGCGCCAUCGACUCCACGAAGACCGCCAUCCGGCUUAAGUGCGGGGAACGAAAGAGACACCGGCUUCUGGAUGAGUUGUCCAGACCGAUCGUCUGGCAGGACGAUCAAGGUCGGCCGAUCCUGGUCGAUACCUUGCGCGUUCAACGUGCCCGUCAGCACAGGAACGUGUAUGCAUCGCUGGCCAACGAGGAUUUAUCCGUUCCGGAACGGAUCGAUCUACUGCGCGACCUGAAGCGCAUCGCCGGCAUGCACACGUGCAGUCAGUCACACGAGCUCGUUUAUCUGGUCGAUCAAGAACUGGAUCUCUUGACGUGUCGCGUGGAUACGGUCAAGCUCAAUUGGCUCCGGAAUCGACUAAAGCUGAGCUUUCUCAAACUGGCACGCGACGUCCUGCAAGGCGAUCUGGAGAAGAACGUGCGCCAGUUUGGCUGGCCGGACACCAGCAUCACACGAUUAUGCAGAACCUGCGGCAAGCUCUUACCCUUGGAAAAGUUUCCUCGCGAACGGCGUCUACGGUCACCCUCUUGUGCCUGCUGUAUGUCCAUGCGAAUUCGAAGAGGUCCUCGGGUCGUGUAUGAGUCUUACGAAAGGAUGCUGCGGGAAGUUAGGCGUUUCGAGGCCAAGAUGGGCUGCUACGGUAGUCUGGCUUUCGUAAUUGGAGUCAAGGUCAUCUGCCGUCUGGUGAACGAGAUCUGGCACGGCAAAUCCGGUAUCUCCGAGUGCGAUGAUCUUGACGAGCUGCGGCUGACUCGUUUCCGGCGUGAGCUCGAAUGGGCGCCCUGGAAUUCCCUACUAUUGACGAGAACCGAAGCGACAGUUCAUCAUGGGAUCACCGAAAUCGAAAGCUUCUACGACUCGAGACUCUUGCAGAAGUUUUGCAUGAAGAAUCUCCAGGCGAAAGUACAUUUUGAGUCGACUUCCGGAGCACGGAGGAACAUCGUGACACCGUUCUCGAUGGAGGAUUAACAUGUGUGUUUGUGUGUGUGUGUGUGUGUGUGUGUGUGUGUGUUGGUAUUGACGUCUUUACUCUACUGUUAAUGCAUUCUACAGAAUAGCUGUAAGAUAUUCUUUAACGAAGCUAAAAUUGUAUCUUAACAUAAAGAUUUUUCUAUAAACGUCCUUUCUUCUAACGGAAAAAUAUAAUUUCCACAAAAUAUUGUAUUAAGGAGUUUUCGCUUCGCUUAUGAUUCUCAUCCUGGAAUCUUUGUUCGCCGAACGAACGGUUUGGGACCACAAUUGUUCGCGGUGCGAAUAUGGUACAUGUGUUACCACGAGACUGCACCACGAGAGAAAUUCGCGAGUUGAAGGUGCCGUUCUAAGCCAAUUACCAAGUUGCGGAGAAAUGCGCCCACCUCCGGACGUCGGCCGUUCGUCCUGGCGGAAGUUGGACGUCGGGGAAAUACGUUGAGCUCGCAUUAUAGCCGGGAUGUCGCCGUUGUUUCUCGCGUUUUCCCGCGUUCUCUUCCCGACAGGACGUCCCGGUCACGUUUUGGUAGCAUCAGUUAAUCGCGUCGCAGUUUAUGAACCAAGUUUCCAAGGAAGAGAAAAGCGCGAAAGAGGCACGAGCUCGGCUCGGACAUUUAAAUGCCGUACAUGAGCACGACGACUGCAGUAUUGUAACGCGUUUCCUAUUUCUCCUGUCUUUCACACGUUGAUAUUGUUUUUCUUCGAAACGUUACCGCAAACAUCGAUUUCAACAGACGUCAGCGUGAUGGCAAUAUUAUAUAUUAAAGGGAUCCUGGCGAGGGAGAGUCCUGACAAUGUCCCGAUUGACCACAGGCCAAUCAAAUUGCUUAGUUUGUAUUGCUUAUACAAUCAAUAAAAAGAUUAACGAUCACAAAUUUUAUGGUAAUACAAAUGACUCCAGUAUCCCCUUAAUGUUAAAGAUGUAACAUAGUAUUGCAACAGCGAUAGACAUGCAGCGAUUACGUUGCAGAUGGUAUAAAUAUCCUUCGUUUAUUGUAUCUAUUGUGUUUGUAGAAUUAUACAUAUGUACAAUAAUGUAUGAAAACCA